AUGGAAGAAAUGAUGAAGUUGAAUGAAACCACAGGGAGCCAGGUGACUGAAUUCAUUCUCAUGGGCAUCACAAACUGUCCUGAGCUGCAGGGACCCCUCUUUGUUCUGUUUUUCCUCAACUACAUGGGUACAGUUAUGGGGAACUUGGGCCUGAUCUUCCUAACCAUUAUUGAUUUUCACCUCCAUACACCCAUGUAUUUUUUCCUCAGGCAUUUGGCAUUUGUAGAUCUUGGUUAUUCUACAGACAUUGGUCCCAAAAUGUUGCUCAGUUUCAUUGUUGAGAAAAGCACUAUUUCAUUCCAUGGAUGUGCGACACAGCUAGGUUUCUUUGGGAUAUUUAUCAACAGUGAAUUUUUUAUCCUAUCUGCCAUGGCCUAUGACCGCUAUGUGGCUAUCUGUAAGCCCCUCCUCUACAUGGUUAUCAUGUCAGACAAGGUAUGCUGGAUCUUAGUGGCUUUCUCAUACCUCUAUAGCAUCAUCAUAUGCCUACUGGUCACAAUUAAGAUUUUUAAUUUGUCUUUCUGUAAAUCAAAUAGAAUAACACAUUUCUACUGUGACUCUCUCCCUUUAUUGUCAAUUAUAUGUUCAGACACUAGUGAGAUUGAAUUAAUUAUUAUGACCCUUUCUGCAUUUAAUUUGGUAUCUUCCCUCUUGAUUAUUCUUGUCUCCUACAUGUUCAUUGUUGUGACCAUUCUCAGGAUGAAUUCUUCAGAGGGCAGACACAAAGCCUUCUCCACCUGUGGCUCUCACCUCACAGGGGUGGUUAUAUUCUAUGGGACAUUUCUCUUCAUGUACCUGCAGCCACAUUCUAGCCACUCCUUCGAUACAGACAAGAUGGCCUCUGUGUUUUAUACCCUGGUCAUUCCUAUGCUCAACCCAUUGAUCUAUAGUUUAAGGAACAAAGAAGUGAAAGGUGUAUUGAAAAGAGUCUUUAAAAAAUGA